CUCUGCGGUUCUCCUUUGCGCACGCGCAUUUUUGUCCGGCGGCCUGGCGGCGGCGGCGACAACAAAUAUCCCUGCGAUAGGUGUUCCCCUUGCCUGCAGUAAGGGCCGCAGCUUCGAGUCCCCGUCCUGGCGAGCCCAGGUGCCUUCUCCAAGAGGAGCAGCAGGAGGGAGACAUGGCCACAAGAUUGCUGCCAGCCCAGGCUCUGGAGUCUGUGACAUUCAGGGAUGUGGCUGUGUUCUUCAGCCGGGAUGAGUGGUUGCAUCUGGACUCUGCGCAGAGAACCUUGUACCAGGAGGUGAUGUUGGAGAACUACAGCACUCUGUUCUCGCUGGGGAUUCUGUUUUCCAAACCAAAAGUUAUCCUCCAGUUAGAGCAAGGGGAAGACCCCUGGAUGGUGGAAAAUGGAGUUUCUCAAAGCACAUGUCUAGGAUGGGACAGCUUGUUUGAAACCACAGUUUCUGAAGAAGAAAAUCAGGAAGUAAUGAAUCAACUCAUAGGUGUUGGUCCUUUUGACUUCAAGUUGGGAGAAAUUUACAUAAAUGAGGAAAAACUAGAGAAUCAGCAAGGCAAAAAGAACAGACCUUUGAGGGGAGUCUUAGUUACCAUCAAGAAAACCUGUAUGAAGGAGAAGAGCUUUACAGGUAUUGACCUUGGGAAAAAUCUUGAUCUAAAAUUAUCACUUAUUAGAAAACCCAGAAUUGUUUCCAGAGGAAGGAAACCCUGUUCACAGCAGUAUUCAAUUCUAUUUAAACAGCUGGGAAUCAACACAGUGCGUAAGUGUUACAAGUGUAGUAUCUGCGGGAAAAUCUUCCUCCACAGUUCUUCUCUGAGUAAACAUCAGAGAAUCCAUACUGGAGAGAAGCUCUAUAAAUGUAAGGAAUGUAGGAAAGCUUUUAGCCAAAGCUCAUCUCUAACUCAGCACCUGAGAGUUCAUACUGGAGAGAAGCCUUAUAUAUGUAGUGAAUGUGGAAAAGCCUUCAGUUUCACUACAUCUCUCAUUGGACAUCAGAGAAUGCAUACUGGAGAGAGACCCUAUAAAUGUAAUGAAUGUGGAAAAACAUUUAAAGGUAGUUCAUCCCUUAAUAAUCACCAGCGAAUUCAUACUGGAGAAAAGCCCUAUAAGUGUAAUGAAUGUGGGAGAGCCUUUAGCCAGUGCUCCUCUCUCAUUCAGCAUCAUAGAAUUCAUACUGGAGAGAAACCGUAUGAAUGUAGUCAGUGUGGGAAAGCCUUUACUUCAAUAUCGCGGCUAAGUAGACACCAUAGAAUUCAUACUGGAGAGAAACCCUUUAAUUGUAAUGAGUGUGGAAAAGUAUUUAGUUACCACUCAGCUCUUAUUAUACAUCAGAGAAUUCACACUGGUGAGAAACCUUAUGCCUGUAAAGAAUGUGGGAAAGCCUUCAGCCAAAGCUCAGCUCUUAUACAACAUCAAAGAAUUCAUACUGGAGAAAAACCUUACAAAUGUAAUGAAUGUGGGAAAGCUUUCUCCUGGAUUUCACGGCUUAAUAUACACAACAGAAUCCAUACUGGAGAGAAACCAUAUAACUGUAAGGAAUGUGGAAAGGCCUUCAGUUCCCACUCAGCAGUUAAUACUCAUCGAAAAAUUCAUACUGGAGAGAAACCUUAUAAAUGUAAUGACUGUGAAAAAGCCUUCAACCAAAGCUCAGCUCUCAUUCAGCACCAGAGAAUUCAUACUGGAGAGAAACCGUAUAACUGUAAAGUAUGUGGGAAAGCCUUUAGACAGAGUUCAUCCCUUAUGACACAUACGAGAAUUCAUACAGGAGAAAAGCCUUAUAAAUGUAAAGAAUGUGUGAAGUGCUUCAACCAGAGUCUACAUCUUACUGAACACCAGAGAAUUCAUACUGGUGAGAAACCUUACAAAUGUAAUGAGUGUGGGAAAACCUUCAGCCACAGAUCAUCCCUUCUUUCCCAUCAGAGAAUUCAUACUGGAGAGAAACCUUACAAAUGUAAUGAAUGUGAGAAAGCAUUUAGCAGUAGUUCAACCCUUAUCAAACAUCUGAGAGUGCAUACUGGAGAGAAACCCUAUCAGUGCAAGGAAUGUGGUAAAGCCUUUAGCCAGUGUUCAACCCUCACUGUACAUCAGAGAAUUCAUACUGGAGAGAAACUCUAUAAAUGUGGAGAAUGUGAGAAGGCCUUCAAUUGUAGAGCAAAACUUCAUAGACAUCAAAGAAUCCAUACAGGUGAGAAACCCUAUAAAUGUAGUGAAUGUGGGAAAAGUUACAUCCAGUUUACAUCCCUGGCUGAACAUCAGAGGCUUCAUACUGGAGAACAACUGUGUAAAUGCUUGGAAUGUGGGAGAAACUUCACUCGCAUCUCAACCCUUAUUGAACAUCAGCGUAUUCAUACUGGACAAAAACCAUAUCACUGUAAUGAAUGUGGGAAAGCCUUCAACCAGUAUUCAUCCUUUAAUGAACAUCAGAAAAUUCAUACUGGGGAAAAACUUUACACAUGUGGAGAAUGUGGGAAAGCCCUUGGUUGCAAAUCUAACCUUUAUAGGCAUCAGAGAAUUCAUACUGGAGAGAAACCCUAUCAGUGUAAUCAGUGUGGAAAAGCUUUCAGCCAGUAUUCAUUCCUAACUGAACAUGAGAGAAUCCAUACUGGAGAGAAACUCUAUAAAUGUAUGGAAUGUGGGAAAGCCUACAGUUACAGAUCAAACCUUUGUAGACACAAAAAAGUUCACAAUAAAGAAAAACUCUAUAAAUGGAAGGAAUAUGGGAUCAGAGAAUUUCUUAGAGGAGAAAAGCCCUGUGAGGUUUAAUUCAUCUCUCAAAUAAUUUAAGAUUUCUCAUUGGAGAAUAAUCAGGAGAAUAAUAAAUAGGGCACAGACUUCUGAUAGAUCAAGUCUUUUUUUUUUCUUCUUCUAGAGAAAAUAGUUACCAUUAAGUAAUGGUAAAAUUAAUCAACGAAUAUUAAGAGCACUGACUUGUCAAAUUUUAUAAGAACCAGUAAAUUCUAAGGUUUCUAAAAACAUAAAAAUUUUAAAUUCAUAGAAAAAUGUAAAAGUCCUAAGUUUAAAAAACAUGAAAAUAAUGGAAUGUAAGUUUUAUUUCCUUCAUUAGAUUUUAUUCCCUUUCUAACAGUAAUCUUCAAUAUGAAUUUUCUUUUAAAAAUAGUCAUUGAGUUAUUAAUAACAUGAAUAAGUAUGGAGCCUUAUUUUCUAAAAUGACAGACAGAUGUAGGACAUGCUUUCUUUCAUAAAGAGAAACUAAAAAUAGAAAGGACUUCUUUAAAUUUAGAUUUUCAUAUGGAAAUAAUCAAGCUCACUUUUUAUGAACUGCCUCACCAGCAAUCUAUACUUAUACAUAUAUGCACAUAAAUGUGUGUGUAUGCAUGUGUAUAUAUACACACACAGAAUUUUGGAUUAUAUGUAUAUUUUUCCCAAAAGUCUUUGAUGAUUAAAAAAUGUGGUUUUAUUAAUUUAGAAUUUAGUUUUGAAAAUUAAAGUUUUGCCCAGUGGUGUCUCUUCCUUUUCCUUAUAUUAUUUUUUAUAUGAUAUGAUUGCUGAAUAGUCUUUAGAAGUUGGAGUAAACUGAAACAAAUGGAGAGACUGUCAUGCAAAUACUCUCUUAUAGGUUGCAGAAGGGAUAUAUUUCCAGAAUCUGAUUAUACACCUGGUAGCUCAUUAGAGCCAGGAGAGAUUUUAAUUUAGUUUAUUUAUAGCCUUUCAUUUUCCUAAUGAAGAAAUUGAGCUUAUUGAGUAGCGUUAAGACUAGAAUCUAGGUCUUCAGUUUUCUGUGGUAAUUUUAGGUUCAUUUCCAACCUCAAGUCCCAAGAGUCCAAGUCCCAAAGCUAUUUGUUUUGUAAACUGGAUAGGCACAUUUGCAUUAAUUUAAUCAGUUUUAUUUUUAUGUUUGACAAGUUCCCCCUGACUUUAAUCUUAAUAAUUGACUUAAAAUCAUGUUUUUCCUUUUUAUUAUAUGUCCCUAAUUAUACCUGCUGUUUUAGUAACUGUACAUAAAUCCUGAAACCCAGCUGAGGUACGGAUGGUGAAAUUGCAUUUGGGGGUUUCAUGUACAAGAUUGCCUUUUUGUUUAUUUUUGUUUACACAUCUUUUAGGACUUCUUUUGUGUAAAGUGAUACAUGAAUAUUUUAUUAUUAAACAUUCUAAUCAUCAGUUAAAACUGGUUAUCCAAACAUUUUCCGUGUUUUUUAGAAAGAUUUCAUUUUCCCCUGGGCCUACUUCCUCCAAUUUUAUAUUUUACUUUCACGAUUGGUAUCAUUCAAAAAAUUGUUUUAGUAAAAUUAUGUAGAACUCUCUAUCUGAGAAAGGUUUUAGAAUUAAACUCAAGCAUUCAGCAUUUGACUUGUCUUAGCUCAUUAGAAAGUGUUUUCUUGGGAAUUCCCUAGUGGUCCAGUGGUUAGGAGUCAGUGCUUUCACUGCCAGGGCCCUAGUUCCAUCCCUGGUCAGGGAACUAAGAUUCCGCAAGCUGCAUGACACGGCCAAAAAAAGUGUUUUCUUAUAUAUUUAAGUAUAUUUAUAAGGAAAAUGAAGAUUUUAAACCCCAGUUUUUAACAUCAUACAGAGCCACUUGCAAGAUAUUCUAGAUAAAAACAUAUUUGAUUACCCAAUAGCAGUGACCAAACUUAGUACGAAGAUUUUGGUUUCUAAAUGCCAUUUCCCACUAAAAGGAACUAGGGCUCCUUGGAGAAAUGGCUGAUUCCAUAUUUGGAACAUGGAAAAUGUAAGGUAUGCCUGGAAUAUUUUUAAUGAAACAAAGCACGCAGAGACUAAUGGGAUAAUGUCAGAAGGACCUGGGGGACAAUUUAAAGGAGCUCCCACAGGUCAAAUUUAGGACAAUUUAAACAUCAAAAAGAAUAAUCACAGUAAUUGGUUAUAACAUGUUAAGUAAAAUAAAAUGAGCCUAUAAUGAAAAAAUAGAGAAAAAAAAGAAAAGCUCUUUAUGUACUUAUUUGAAGAAUGUCAUCGUUCAUUGUACAUGGAGUGAUAGAUUUAGAAAAAUCACCAUCUUACAACCCUUACUGUAAUUAAAUCAGGCAUGUUCAAUGGAUGGGGAAACCCUAUUAGGUGAAAAAAAAUUAACAAACAUUAUUUACAUGAUGUCAAAAGAUCACAGAUACCAAUUGCAAAGGAAAGAUAUGCCUUUAUAAUGGAGAGAUCUUGCUAUCAAACUUAAUUUCUCUACUAGUGGGACAACCUGACAUGUGACUCGUGACAAGAUGCAGUAUGAAGUACACAUGAUCAUUGUGAUGUAUUCUUGCCAAAAAAAUUUUGAUGAAAAUCUAAUUAAAUCUCUUAUCUAGACUGAUCUUCCUGUCACAAGAAAUACAAGGAAUAGAGGAACAAGUUGAAUUACAUAGUAAGGAAUUAAACCCAGAAUGUGAGUUACUACACAUGACAGCUUGUCUGGACUUUUCAAAAAGCCAAUGUAAUAAAACAAAAAAUGGAGUCUUCUAGAUUAAGACACUCGAGAUAUAACCAACUGCAAGGUGUGACUCUUAUUUGGGAUCUGAUUCAGAAAAAUCAGAACAACUGUAAGGACAUUUGGGGAGACGCUUGGGGAAAUACGAGGUUAGAAUUGGUAUUAGAUAAUGUGGUAUGUUUAAUUUUCCUAGGUAUAAUGGGGGUAUUGAGGUAUAAAGGACAAUAUCCUUAUUCUUAGGAGAUGCAUGCAAAAGUUUUCAAGUUUGAAGAGUCAUGAUGUUUGCAGCAUAUUUCAAAUAAAUAUGUCAAAAUUAGUCAACUGUUGUUGACUCUGUGGAGGAUAUAGUUAUGUUCAUUGGUCAUUCUCUAAACUUUUCUGUAUGUUAAAAUUUUAAUAAAAAAUUGAGGCAAAAUGUGAUUGGAAAAGUGAUGAAUAUGAAACUUCCAGUCAAUAUUCUUCCUUUGUACUUAUAAAUUUCCUGUUUGAGAGUUUAUCCCAUAUGGAUAUAAUCAUUGGAAAUAACUUUGGUUGGUUCUGGUUCCACCUUAUGGAAUAAGCACACACCACCUUAUAUCUCCCACUAAAUCUGACUAAAAAUCCUAGAGAAUGCAUGAAGCCGCUGCCUGAGGAUCCUGAAAAGUAAUGGUAGCAGGCAGAUUUGGGAAGGAAACCAGAUUUUGAAAUAAGGCCAGUCUGGCACUCCCAGACAUUCCUGUGGUGAGGACACUGGUGGUUGAACAGACAUCUAAACCUCUGAGAGAGGAGAACCCUUAUCUCUGGUCAGAGGAACUGUGGGCCAAAAGGUUGGAAGAAUCCCCACUGCUUUUCUUCUCUUACUAUCUUUUUGCUACUUGGACCUGGAGGUAGAUAUAUCCAUUAGGUGUGUACCAGAGAGGAGAACCUAAAGCCUUGGUAUUUUAACCAGAAAACCAGGAAUAGAAGUGGCCCCUGGGAGCUGGAAUGUGUCAGGGUGGUGACAGAAAAGAAAACUCAGGAAAGCCAUCUCAUAAAGUUGUGUAUAUAAUCCCAGACUCACCCCUGAUCUGGACCCAGAGUCUCAUUCAAAACGCACAGGAUAUAAUGCAGAAUUGCACAAAGUAUAAAAAUCAGGAAAAUUGCAACAACUCAUAAGGAAAAAGAAAACAGGCACUGCCCCAAGAUGACACAAAUGUUGAAAUUAUAAAGUAGGUGUUAUAAAAAUGUUUCCAAAAAUGUGAGCAUUCUUGAAUGGAAACUUCAAAAUUCUCAGCAGGAAAAUAAUAUAUUAAAAGGAACCAAAUGGAAAUUUUAGAACUGAAAAAUACAGUCACAAAAUUUACCAAAAAAAAAAAAAUCAUUGGAAAGACUUAGUAGCAGAAUAGAGAUGACAGGGAAAAGAGUCAGUAAACUGAAGAUAGGUUGACAUAUAUCCAAACUGAACUAGAAAGAGAAAAAAAUACAUGAUCAUAUCAAUUGAUGCAGAAAAAAAUUUUGACAAAAUUAUCCAUUUAUGAUAAAAACUCAGAAUAUUACAAAUAAAAGAGAAAUUAAUCUAAUAAA